GUUUUUCAGGGCGCAUUCCCCGGCAGCAAUGUGGAGGGAAAGGGCGACGGCGUCCAGUUGAACAUUUUUAUACACUUUUGUGAUCCAGCUCUAUCGCGGUUUUUUUCUCUCUCUCUCUCUCACCGAUCGCUGGUUCUUUGCGAGGAAAAGUAAGCGAGUGAGAAGUGAAGAAAAACUGCAGCCUGAACGUCUCGUGUGUUUUUUUUUUUAGAAAAAAACAAAACGCGAACCAUUGUUUCCUCACACAUGGAUACUAGGAGAUGAAAUCGGACGCGUCUCUGGCUGUUGAGUAAACCCCUCUCGCUCGACUGGACUGUAGUUUGUGCGCUUGUUUUACCGGGGCUCUUUUAGCAGGAGGAGAGACGUGUCCCGUCCCACACGGCACACGGACAGACCCGCGGGGGCCACAAGUUGUCCACCGGGGCCGCGACGGAGACCAAACUUUGCCAAGUUUUUCUGCGCAUCCGGUCGCCGACGCCAACCAUCCAUCAAUAUUUUGUAACUGUGUCGUAACUUUUUAACUGUGGAUUAUUAUCGCGACGCUCGUCAUGGACCGCAGGAGCACGUUCAGAGGAUGAUAAGGGCUUUUUCAAACAUGAACUAUUUCUUGUAGUUGGCUUAUUGCGACACGUUUGGACUACACUGAUCUUUUAAAAAAAAAAAAAAACAGAAAGAAACGUAAUUGUUUAUUGCCAGCUGUUUUUCCCCCCCUCCCUCUCUCCUCGAAAUUACAUACUCUGCAAACAUGCCACAGUUGAACGGAGGUGGUGGGGAUGAUUUGGGGGCCAAUGAUGAAAUGAUAUCUUUCAAAGACGAAGGCGAGCAGGAGGAAAAGAUAUCCGAGAAUGUGUCAGCGGACCGGGAUUUGGAUGAUGUGAAGUCCUCCUUAGUGAACGAGUCGGAAAACAACAGCAGCUCGUCCGACUCAGAGCAAGCGGAGAGGCGCCCCCAAACCAGACCCGACUCAGAAAGUUACGAGAAGGCGAGAGACUACUUCAACGAAGCCCUGAGGAGACAGCAAGAUGGUGGCUUCUUUAAGAGUCCUCACUAUCCCGGCUACCCGUUCCUCAUGAUCCCAGACCUCUCCAAUCCAUACCUAGCCAACGGCUCGCUGUCUCCGAGCGCGAGGACGGGUGAAGGGUUAGAGGUCAAGGUUCAGGGCCAGUUGGCUGAGUGGCCACAAAAGCCCGGGCUUCCCCACGGCACAUCCGAUCCCUUCUUCCACACCAGCCUGCAGCUGCAAUGA